AUGUCUUCCUUAUUUGGUUCCGGUGCUCCUUCCAGCGACAUGAAUGCUCGAAAAGAGCAAAUGAAACAAUCGAUCCAACAAGAGCUUGCUAUCGCCAACGCACAACAAUUGAUAAACAAAAUCAACGAGAACUGUUUCGCCAAAUGUAUCACCAAGCCUUCCACCUCUUUGACUUCUUCGCAAGAAACCUGCUUAUCUCAAUGCAUGUCCCUCUACAUGGCUGCUUUCGAUCAAGUCUCCCGAUCCUACGUGUCCAGGAUAUCAAAAGAACGUGGAGCUGCACCCGGUAUCGGUCUUUAG